UCUUUCACCCCUCCCUUCUAUCAACAACCCGCCCCCAUCUCUACGGCGCGAAAUCUUGAAUCUUUCUUUUCUUCAAGUUUCUCUCUAACCUAUUUUAAUCAUGGCUGAGACCCCCACUUUCAAGCUCGUCCUGGUUGGUGACGGCGGUACUGGAAAGACCACUUUCGUCAAGCGCCACUUGACUGGUGAAUUCGAGAAGAAGUACAUUGCCACCCUUGGUGUCGAGGUGCACCCCCUCAACUUCAACACCAACUACGGUGCUAUCCAGUUCGAUGUCUGGGAUACCGCUGGUCAGGAGAAGUUCGGUGGUCUCCGUGAUGGUUACUACAUCAACGGCCAGUGUGGUAUCAUCAUGUUCGAUGUCACUUCCCGUAUCACCUACAAGAACGUCCCCAACUGGCACCGUGACCUCGUCCGUGUCUGCGAGAACAUCCCCAUCGUCCUCACCGGUAACAAGGUCGACGUGAAGGAGCGCAAGGUCAAGGCCAAGACCAUCACCUUCCACCGCAAGAAGAACCUCCAGUACUACGACAUCUCCGCCAAGUCCAACUACAACUUCGAGAAGCCCUUCCUUUGGCUCGCUCGCAAGCUUGUCGGCAACCCCCAGCUCGUACGACUUCGUCGCCGGAAUUGCCCUUGCUCCCCCGAGGUCACUGUCGACGAGAAGCAGCUCGAGGCUUACCGCAAGGAGAUGGAGGAGGCCGCCAACCAGCCCCUCCCCGACGAGGACGAUGCCGACCUGUAAAUCGGUGCGCUCAACGACGGGUCCACGAAGUUUCCGAAAUGAAAGUUGGGAGUCGCGAUGCCCUGUUCUCCCCCACGUUCCCCGAGUCCCAUCUCACAACCGACGGGUGGGAGGCAGGAAGUGUACGACUCCCGGGGAUUGCCUUUUUUUAGUUUGGGUUUUGCACUGCAAAAGCAAAGUCUGUUCUCCGAAAUCACGAUACAAUGAAAGCGGAUGGGGGAUAGUCGUGGUUUGAAGACAUGCAUUUUUUUUCCUUUUUGAUUUCCCCCAACCUUAGUAGCUUAGACACUCACAUCCCAAUUGUCCUUUUUUUCCCUCUUGAAACGAGCACAUC